GAUCACGAGUUUUAUAAUGUCUUAGAUUUUAAUAGAAUACAGACAUACGACAUUGAACACUAGUUUCAGUAAGUGUAAGUAUUAUUUUGGUCAAUAUUUGUUCUACAAGACGGUCCAGGACCUGUUAAGAUGCAGAACAAUGCAGUCAGUAAUAAGCGAAGAAUUAUCUAUAAAUUCUUUUGAAGACUUUAUAAUGCUCAAAUAAUCUCAAUAAAACAAUAUUAUUAUGUAUGCAAAGAGGACAAGGACAAGCCCAGCUUUAUCAAUAUAUGUUAGGGUUAAAAGUAUGAUAAAAAUGAAUGAAUUUGGCCACAAUAAUGAUUAACAAAUUAAUUUCCUAUCAGGAAGUUAAUGAAAUCAAAAUCCCGCGUCGUAGCCCAAUAAAUAGAAAUAAAGCAGUUUAUCCAAUACUCAAGUGCUCACAUUUAAACCUACUUUAACUCCCACACAGUGUUAUCUUAAACGCAUUCGACAAAUGACAUGGGUUUUUUUCCUUGAAAUCAUUUAGAAGAUUGUGGAGUUUCAACUUUCCACUUAGCCGACACUUUAUGUUACAUGUCUGGCGUAGCUAGUAAGCAAAAACACAAGUUUAGUGGAUAGUGCCUUCAUAUUGCAUCAUAUAUAUUAAAAGAAUUGGUUAAUACAAAACAUAUUCAAAGAACGUAAUCAAUGAAUGAUAUACAUUCAACGGAAUAAAGUUUAAACAGAAUGACAAGUAAUAUUCAUGUGUUGUGAUAACUAAAAUACUCAAGCUGUUGUGAAUACAUAUGGCGGAUUCCUGUGAUGUACAAAGGGUCAAUGAUCCAUUGCACAGAAACUGGCUAAAGGCUGUCCGUGCUCUUCUUGUUUUAAAAUAUGGUGUAGAAGACUUCGUCGACACACAUACGAAAAAAUACCAUGAACAGUUGAAGUCUGAUGCAAGAAAGCUUAUUUUCUCCGGAAAUUUAGAGAAAUGCUCUCAAUGUUUGGUAAAACAGAUCUUGCCAUGGCAUGUGCAUACAAAAAGCAGUUGUCCGUAUCGGGAUUGUCGGCAUUUAAAAUGUCUUUGCGUACAAAACAUGCGAGGAAAGCUUUUAUGUUCAUCGCCCGGAAGUCCUUGCAGUGUGAUUUUCGACUUGAUCGUUGCUGGCCACUCCUCAAGAAACCCCAUUUUCAACUGCACAGAUUGUUCACAGUGGGCGUCCGACUACUGGUCGAUUUGCCUGUGCUAUCUUAGUACACAACGUUAUUCAAAGUCGACAUGUGCAUCUGACCUAGAUGCGGCUGGUCUUCUUAGUGUCAUGAUCAACUGCAAAUUUCUGCAUAACUAUAUUGAUGACAUAACGCCUCUUCAGCGGGUUCGAAAAUCUAGAAAUGAAAUUCUACACUCUGCAACAUAUCAACUGUCAGAAAUUGGGAUGCGAGAUAUCAUACAAGACAUUAUUUGCAUUCUAACAGACAAACAACACCUGCUGAAGGACCCAAAAGCCCAGCUUGCUACACAACAAUUGAUAGAAAUAAUGAAUGAUGAAGAUAUAACUUUGGAUGAGGCGAAGGAGCUAGAACAAAUAGCUAUUAACAGUAUCGAAAUGACGAAGGAGAUUGCGAUUGAAACACUCACUGAGCAUACGGACAUUCAGCUACAAAAGAUACAGAAGAAGCACGACGAGUUUUUUGAAAAAACCAAAGUUGAUACAACAGUUUCGCAAGAAGUCUUAGAUGAUCUGCAACAGUACCUGAUAGAUACAUACAGACAAUAUUACGUGAAGGUAGAUGUGACCCCAUUAUUGCCAGAAGAAGACGAUGAUAUUGAACAUUUGUAUGUACCGCUUAGAAUGGAGAAAGUUGUGAAGACAUAUCAGAGCAAUCUUGGACACGAUUUACACCAGAAAGUAAAUAGAAAUGAGGAAACCGUGCAGCAGAUUGAUACAUUUGAGGAAAUGCUAACUUCAGAUGGGGAUUGCAAGAAAAACAUAUGUGUCAUAGCUGAUGCCGGUAUGGGCAAAACGACUCUGUGUAGAAAGAUUACUUCAUCGUGGUGCUUUUCACAUGAAAAUCCUUUAUCAAAACAAUGGACCGUUAAGGAAAACUCAACCCAGACAGGAAUAUCUAACAAAACUGAAUCGAAGUUUGUAAGACAAGCAAGUACAAAGAACAUGCUUUACAUGCAGCGUUUCAGAUUUUUGUUUUAUGUGUCUUUGCGGCACGCUGCAGAAGAACGUAGCAUCGAGGAAAUGAUUGUAGCUCAAUUACUUGAACACUCGCAUAAUGAAACAUUCAGAUGGAUCAUCAAAACAAUGCCAGAACAGUGCCUUUAUAUUGUAGAUGGAUUGGAUGAGUGGAGGAUGCAGACAAAGAACCUCAUGUCUCCAAAAACGCCUUCAGGUAUACCAAAGAAAGAAAGCAGAUGUACCGCAAUAUUCACAUCAAGACCAUGGAAAAUGACAGAAAUACUUCCAAGGCCUUCCGAUAUUGAUAUCGAAAUAAGAUUAAAAGGCAUGUCUACUGAAUCUAUCAAGAUAUUAUCUGGCAAUGUUCUUGAUAAACUGAAUAAAUAUAAAGGAAAAUCUCUUAAAGUAGACGAUUUUCAGCAUGAAAUAGAACAACGAAAACUGCAAAGUUUGCUGGCAGUUCCACUCAUGCUGAAGCUCCUAUUGUGCAGCUGGUUCAAUAAUCAUAAACUGCACGAGACUAAAACGGAGAUAUAUGUCGAUGUAGUUCAAUUAAUGCUGAAAAUCUUUAGGGACCAAAAAGAGCACCGAUGUGUUACAAGAACAAUAAGUGAACCUUCAGAUAAUGAUUUGGAUAUGCUACCUCCUGUUCUUCGUCAGAAAGAGGAAUAUAUUCAGUUUGCUAGGAUGAUGGUCGGACUCGCGGAAUUUUCAUUUACUUCAUUCAUCCAGUCAGACUCUCUUGUGUUUGAAUCAUCGAAACUGACACACUGUGGUAUGAAACACCUCGAUGUAGAGUCCUGAAAUGAUGACAUUCGUCCUUCAAAAAUGCACAAACAGACAAUCACUUGGUAAACUGGCAAGGAUUUUACAAUUUACCUCCGGCUUUUCUUCAGACAAAGUCAAAACAAUAUCUGAGAUAUCUGAAUAUGUAUGUUUUAGAAGUGAAAUUGAAAAAGACGAUGAAACAUGUAGAUUGGUUCAAGACACGUUUUUAGGAUGUCUUACAGAAGCAAAGCCAAACUCGGAUGUGAAAUGUAUGAGUGUAAAGGUUCUUCAACUGAGCAUUGAAAGUGACUUGAAUUUGAUUCUCUCCAUCAGGCCAGAAACCGUCCGGCAAUUGGUCAUAACACACCAUGUGACAUGUCAAAAGUACCAUAUAAGCUGUAUUACUUUAAUGACUGGGUUGACACAAUUAUUGAUUAUGAAUCAUAAUGAUACUAUCAAUGCGCAUGCUUUACUAUCCAUUGUGCACGGGUGCAAUAAUUUGAAAAAACUAGAACUGGAUGAUUAUGAUCUUACGCCAUUUCGAGAGAAGAGCUUACAUUCCUGUAUGUGCAAUGUCACUUAUAUUCGGCUGUUUGGAUGUACUCUUUCGCAUACACAGGUUACCAACUUACUGUGUGAAACUCCUAAAUUAGCCGAUAUUACUCUAUGGGCUGUCAGAUGUGUGGCUGAUGACAAAUGCGGAUGCCAGGACAAGGAUAAGCAGUUUCAUGGUGAAAAACAAAUAGGCGAAAACGACCUUCAAACACUAGAGGAGAACGAGAGAUAUUGCCGACAUGGGCAAGUGACUGUGACAACAUGUCAUAUUUAUGAUUCCUCUCAAGUAUUUGUCCAUGUUUUGCAAUCGGACAGCCUCACAACUCUUUUAAUUGAUGAAUAUGAGUUUUCGGACGACACGGGCUUGGAAAUGUUCAUACCGAGAUGCAACAAACUACAAAACCUUGAAUUAGACAACAUUAUCCUGGAUACUCGUAACAUCAUUACAAUAAUUAAAAACGCAAAGCCUGGAGCUGAAUUGCAAGUAAAACUUAACAAGACGCAGGUGCUUGGAGGAGAUGCCAGCCACUUAGAAAACGCGCUUGAUGCAUUGCCAUUUGUUGACGUUGCAUCUUUUACUGCCAAUGAUAAUGAGAUUAUAAGAGCAUCGAUCAUCGUCUCAAAACCAAGAGAGGUAAGAGAUGUGGACAUGAACAAUGAUGACCAGUCGUCAGAUGACGAAGAAAGACCGCUCCUUGAUCAACACAUUGAUGUUUUGGAUUCAAGUGAUGUGUGUUUUGAAAUGAUGACGAUGUCGGAAAGAAAAAAUAAUAACACUUCUUGCUGUGAGUGUACUCUUCUAUGAAAAGGAAGAUGGAAGAGGUUGGGGUUUGAUUCCCAAAAAUCCUCCCAAUAACCAGGGUCCGUAUUCUUUAUACGUAAACAUUUGUUUUCAUAUAAUUGCAAAAAAAAUGUGUUUGAGAAUUAUAGAUAUUGUCUAAAUAUGUAUGUGAAAACUACAGAAACAAGCUCAGUAGCCAAAAGUUUAAACAUAAACCCCGUUUAAUGGCACAGGGUAAACGACAAAAACAAAAAAAAUCACAAACAAGAAACAUGGAACAACAGCACAAAACUCUAAGACUACUUUCAGAAUUUCAGUGUUGGAAAAAGGUAUUCAUAUACGAGUAUAAUUAUCUACUUCGGAAAGAUAUAAACAAUAGUAUAAAAGAAACAAUUAGGCCAAAAUGUUUUAAAAACCGAACAAUUCCGCCUCUAAUCAUUAAGUUUGAAAAAAAUCUUACAAGAUGUAUUAAGAAUAUUAUAUAUCGGCAAAGAUGAUCAUAUUUGCAGGAAAAUGUAGAAUGAGGCUGCCUUAGUUGUUGUGUUGAUAUUGCAACAAGUUCGCAAACAGUAUCGUUAUUAAAACCGACAAAAUUAAAAUUAGAAUAGAAAAUUUAGAAUAUUUCAAACUUAAAAAAAACGACAUUAACUUCUCAAACACAAACAGUGGUUCGCCAAAAAGUAGUGACCAAAGUGGGCUUAAAAGCGUCCUUUUCAAUUCGGGCGUGACAAUUUUGUUCUUCACAUACUAGUAUAUCACUUGUUUUUUUCACGUGUAAUUGUCUCAGUUAAUAAGUUGAUUAUGCUCAAACUUUGUUUAUCUAGAAAAUAAAGAUGUUUUAUUGAAAUAAAUAUUGUUUCAACAAAUUUUGUAGAACGGUUUGUUUAAAAAGCCAACUAACAACGAUAUGUGAAUAAUUGUUUAAUUUGUCUGUUUGGGUGAUCGUUGUGCAUUUAAACAGGGUCUUGGCUUUGUCUGAUGUAGUGUCGAUUCUGUUAUUGGAUGCUACGUACAGGAUAAUUUUAGUAUGCCACCGGAAAUGUCGUAAUCGAUUAAGUGAUUAUAAAGAGUUUAAGUUCACUUUUUAUUUUAUAUAUGUACAAGUAUAAAAUAGUUUCAAAACAACAGUUAAAACAAAAACUGAUUAAAGAAACAAUGACCAUACACGAUUAUGAAUCAACAAAUAGUAUGUAUAAGAGAAUAACAAAUAGCGAACAUACCCAU